GAUUGCGGGACUGAGGCCGGCCUCAAACCACAUCCAGAGGUCGACUGAGUCCUCCUGGCCUCAGUCCGGCUUUUCAAAAAAAGUUGGUGUUACACAUACGUCGAAACGACUCCGGGGCCGGCCUCAGUCCACUUUCAGACGUAUGUGUAACAGGGGUCUAAGGCUGGCAAAAAAGGACAAUAAAUCCUCCAACUAUGAUUUUUCUACACAUUUACUUAAACACUCAAAUGUUUCACAGGUAUGGUGGCUACAUACAUCGAGGGUUUCCACGACCCGGAGGAGGUCGCCAGGAUGUGCUACACGCCUCUCGGUAACACCGGCAUGGAGCUGUCCUCCGUCGGCUUCGGUGCUUCGCCUCUAGGUAACCCUUACACUGCCGAGGCACCUAGUGACGCGGAAGGUCAGGCUUGCGUCUUGAAGGCACUAAAGAGUGGUAUCAACUACAUUGACACAGCGCCUUGGUACGGACAGGGCAAGUCAGAAGAAAAACUUGGAAAGAUUUUGGAGGACAUUCCUCGAAGCAGCUACUACAUCGGUACCAAGGUGGGACGAUAUGAGAAGGACGUGGAAGGCAUGUUUGAUUUCUCUGCUGAGAGAGUUAAGUGUAGCGUGGAUGAGAGCUUAUCAAGACUAGGGCUCAGAUGUGUGGAUAUCAUCCAGGUGCAUGAUGUGGAGUUUGCUGAGAAUGUUGAGAUCAUUUUGAACGAGACACUGCCAGCUCUUCAGAAGAUAAAAGAGGCUGGGAAAGCUAGAUUUAUUGGUAUCACUGGGUAUCCAAUCAGCACACUUCGGGAGAUUGUAGAACGGAGUACAGUGAAGAUUGAUUCAGUAUUAUCAUAUUGUCAUCUGGACCUCAACGAUUCUUCAUUACUUGAUCAUAUUGCAUACUUUGAGCAAAAAGGAAUUGGUGUGAUCUCGGCCUCGCCCCUCUCCAUGGCUCUGUUGACCUCCUUUGGUCCCCCAGACUGGCACCCAGCCUCUGAUGAGGUCAAAGCAUCCUGCCGGAAUGCUGCUCAGUACUGCCAAGAUCAUGGUGUGGACAUUGCCAAACUAGCCAUACACUUUUCCUUCUCACAGGCAAAAGUAGCAACAGUUUUAGUCGGCAUGGACAGACCAUCAUUUCUGGAGCGCAAUUUGGAUGUGGUACACAACAAGCUCAGUGAAACAGAGGAGAAAGUCUUGCAGGAAAUUCAAAAGGAAUUCUUCCCGCCAGGAGUGAGUCGAACCUGGGAAGGUGUGGAGGUGGCCAAGUACAGGAAGAAACUAAAGGCAAGACAGGCAGAGCUGCUGCAAGGUUGAAGGAAGCA